UUUUACAGCACUCUAACGCCUGGUGUUGUAAUUUUUCAUUUGUCGCAAGGUGAAAUCGAAAUGACGGCUAUUUAAUAGUGCAAAGUGAAUUUAAAUCACUAAAAAUAUCACCAAGUUGUGGCUAAUAAAGGCGUGCAUCCGUUUAGCAUAAAUGCCCGAAAGAAAAUCUAUACCAAGUGCAUGAAAAACGUGAUUGAAAAUUUACUUUGUGUGUAGCACACACACGCACACACACAUGAAGAUAAACGCAGCAAUGGCCUCGCACUCGCACUCGCAUUCACAGCAUAUAUGUAUAUAAAAGCUCAGUUGUAUAUUGAAGAAGGAGCGCACAAAGCAAAAGACGAGAAGAAAGAUUUCUGUGUCAUUGAACGAGGCGAAGAGGCGACGACCAGACCAAGACCAAGGAGCUCCCAAACCACAACGCAGCAAUUAUAUACACAUACAAAAUACAUACAUACAUAUAUAAUAACAGCUGCAGGUGCCCCAUCAAGGAUACUACGCUCUGUUCCAUACCCCCGCAUGUUUAUUGGAGAAAUCUUGCCCUUGCCUUCAACAAACACACACACACACAUAGUACGAUCGAUAUUGACGCCGCCUGUAUAUAAAAGUUUUUAUUGAACACAUAUCCCAUACAAAUGCAAUUACAAUUCAUUUACAAUUAGUGCUCAUAAAACAUUGUUGUCAGUGUGUGUGUGUGUGGACUUCUCUCCUUGAAUGAAUUCAAAAGAGAGCAGAGAAAAUUAAAGAAACACAAAGCGGAAAUACUCGGAAAUUGUGUCUACCUUGUUGUGCAUGUGUGUGUGUGCGUGUGUGUGUGGGCAAGAAUAGCAAACGGUAGUGCUUUGUGCGUAUGUGGAAAAUCAACGCAUCAGAAUACGAAACGCAAUCAGAGCUCGGCAUAGCCCGCAGUUAGCUGUCCUGAGCAAGAUCAUACUAACACACACACACCGCUGCAGCAGUAGCAGUAGAAGCGAGAAGCGCCGCUCAAGGAUUGAGCAAAAUGGCCGCCACACGAACAACAGCACCAAAAGUCACAGUUUUAUGACUCUAAAUUGAUAUUGAGCGAGACAGAGAGUGAGAGAACGUAAGAGGUCGCGUGCAGUAGCUGCAACCGUACGAGCUUGAUUAACCAGCGUUAGCAGCCCAAUCAUCAUCAUGGUGGACAGUGUGCAGUGUCCCGUGUGCACCUUGUACCUGCAUGCGGGCAUGAAUCUCUCCGAUCAUCUGGAGACACAUCCCAAGGAACAGGUCAUCAAGGCGCUGGUGCAAAUGACCAUUGUGAACAACAAUGGCAUGGGCAGCGCCCUGGCAGCAGCUUUGCUCUCAGGCGAUGGCGCCACGAGCUCCACCUCAUUGUCAGCCACGAAUGCGGUUGAUGUCAAACCAGUUGUACCAGCAUCUUCACCACCACCACCACCUCCACCAGCACCACCAGCAACAGCUGCAGCUGCAGCGGCAGCAACUAAAUCAACAACAGCCAAAGCUGCGUUGCCCAGCAGCAGCAGCAGCAACAGCAUCAGCAAUAGCAGCUGCGGCAACAAUAACAACAAUAACAAAUUGAGCAAUCCACCGAUAAAGGCAGUAAAAAACGCGCCACCCACGACUGAGGCGCCAGCCAACACAUCAAACACACCCACCACAAGCAGCGUGACCGCCAUCUAUUCCGAAUAUCGCUAUGAACAGCAAUCCCAGCAGACGCCAACGGCACCAGCUGCGGUGCACAGCUUUGCACGUGGUGCCACCACGCUGGUCAUACCACAGGCGCCACACCAGCAACAACAGCCGCAGCAGCAGCAGCAUCAGUAUCUGGCCUCACAGCAGCAGGCUGCCCACUUUGCCCACCUUCAGCAACAGCAGCAGCCGGCCCUGAAGUAUACCUAUGCAGCAGCGCUGCCACCGCCGCCACCUCUGCAGCUCUUUGCGCAGCAGACAACAGCAACACAAUCACAUCAGAAGCCACCGCCCGCCUAUGGCGCCGCCAUCAGUCAAAUUAGAUCUCAGCAUAACCAAAACAAACAGCAACAGCAUCAGCAGCAGCAGCAACAACAACAACAACAGCAGCAGCAGCAGCAACAACAACAACAGCAGCAGCAGCCACAACAGCAACAUAUAACCUUGCAACAUAACAUUAACCUUGCACCACCGAGUGGCAAGCAUAGUAAACUCCACACGGAAAUCUUCCUCAAUCCACCGCCACCGCCACCGCCACAGCUCACGAUUCCGUCAGCAUUGUCGACUGCCUCAUUAAGACUGCAAUAUCCGCCACAGCAUCAACAGUCCCUUGCAGCAGCCGGCAGCAGCAGUAGUAGCAGCAGCAGCAGCGGCAGCAGCAGCAGCAAUUAUGCCGUGGCUAGCUGCGUGGCUGCUAGCUCCUCCUCUGCCUUGAUGUCCUCCAUUGCCGUUGGACGCGCUAGCAGCAGUCGUCAGGCAACCAAUUCCCCAUUCGGUGCGCUGCUGAAUGCUGCGGCGCAAGCUGCCUGCGCCUCUCCCGCCUCGUCCAGUGCGUCUGUUCUGCGUUACGCCGAGUCGCCAGUGGCUCACUACUUGGAGCGGGAGAACGGCGACUUCAUUGUCCAAGAAACUCCCAAGCACAUUGUCGAGUGCGUGGAGAAGGAGGACGGCGAAUUCUCGGUGAUUGAGCGCAUCUAUCAGUCGCCGCCCAGCGUACUGCACAUACACGACGAUGACGAAGACGACGAAGAGGAAGACGAGGAGGAGGACGACAAGGGUUGGGCCAACAGCGAUGCUGAGGACCACCUGAAGCUGGAGGAUCAUGUAGAGGAUGGCGACGAUGAGCACGAGGAUAGCCGUAGUAGAGCUUCACACAAGACCACAACGAAAAAGUCACGCAAAGCAAAGGCAAAUGGACGGAAGCACAAAAGGGUCAACAAGCAUCAGCCGGAUGAUGAGGAUGACUUCAUGAGCAUAGGCAGCAGCUGCGCCGAGAGCGAGCAUCAGCAGGAGCAGCAACAACAGCAGACUCAGCAAUCGCAUGUCCCACAGGCUGCGUCGCCCGCACCUGGUCCACUAUCUACGGCGCCCUCGACGAGCAGUGGAGCAGCGGCUGCCGCGUCCUGCAGCACCAACUCGAACAAGUCGAAAAAGAAUCGUGUGACCGUGCUCAGCGAUGUGCCGCUCAACAUGAACGAGUAUCUGGAUCUUGUGGGCAACAUUGUGGCUUCCAGUCGAAUUAGUGCCACGCGUCCGUUUGCCGCUGUGGCGCCCAUACCCUUGGUCAAGGUGGAGAAGGAGGAGCCCAUGGAUGACUACGAUACCGUCAGGGAUGACCUGCAGGCCAUGGAGCAGAAGCAUAGCCUGGAGCAUGCCAGUGGCAGCAGCAGCAACAGUGGCCAUGGCACCACGAGCGUCAUCCGAAUGGCCAGCACCAGCAGCGCCGCUACCACUGCAAAUGGGGCCAACGACGAUCUCACGCAGCCGCCGCCCAUGAAGGUGGAGGUGGAGCCGACGGUACUGCUGCCGCAACGCUUUUCGGCGCCAGCGCAGCAUCGCGGACCCAAGAAGUUAGUCAUCAAGCCAAAGGCCACAGGGACGGCGUCGGCGUCGGCAACGACCAAAAAGACUGAUAACAGCGCUGCCAGCAGCAGCAGCGGCAGCGGCGCCAGCAGCAGCAACAGCGCCGAACCGCUCAGCAUAUCAUCGAAGGCAUCCGCAGAGCCGUUGCAGAUCAAGAGCGAGGCUGGGGAGCAUGUCUCCAGCAGUGGCAGCAUAUUGGAGAAGCAUUUGACCAAUAGCUACGCCGCUCAGCAGGCGCGGAAGCACUCGGCAGUCAACGACGACGAUGCGCGCGUGCUGCUCGAGUUUGCCAACUCGAAGCAGCAGCCGCCGGCGGGCAACAGCAACCAGACCACGUUCGUGGUGAACGCGGCAAGCUUUGCGUCGGCGGGCUCCGUCUUUGCCAGCGGCAGCAGCAGUGUGCCGAAGCCAGCUAAGCCGGGCGACGAGUACAUUCUGCCAGAUAACAAUCUAGAGGUGGAUGAAAUCGUAAUAUCCUCCUCGUCUUCCUAUGCCUCCGACUCGCAGCACGAUCAGCUGCAGCAGCAGCAGCAGCAGUCACAUCAAUCGCAGCAGCAGCCGGCAGCGCAGCAAGCCGUACAGCUUUCGCAGCAGCCGUCCUCCUUUACAGAUUUCAAUUUCCUGUACCAUCAGCAUGGAACCCCAACUGUGACAGCAGCAACAACGACGACGGCAGCAGCAGCAACCACUGCCUCAACCUUUGCACCAUUUGGCUUGCAACAGCAGCAGCAGCAGCAGGUGCUGCAGCAUCCGCAACACGGCUCGAGCGAGGCCACCAAUGCCGCCACGCUAGCCUCCUCCUCCAGCAACUCCUCAGUCCUGGAUCAGGAUUGCUCCAUGAAUGCCACGUUUCGCGUGGGCAAACAGCAAUCCACAAUGGCCUCAUGGUAUCAGCCACAGUCGCAGUCGCAGUCGCAGCCACAGCCACAGCCACAGCCCAGCACUUCCCACAGCUCCAAUGUGGAGCAGUCUAGCAACUUCAUUGCCGCACUUGCGGCUGUGGAGUGCUGCAGCGUGGCAGCCGUGGACAGCGAUGUGAGCGAGGCUAAGUACUUGGAUCUGGAUGCCUGCAAGCGGGAGCAGUUAAGCAAUAGCAGCAGCCACUUGCCCUCGGCUUCUGCAUCCACCACAUCCUCGUCCUUUGCGGCCGCCGCCACCGAGAGCAGCUUGGUGGGUGGCCUGGGUCUGAACAUACGCACCGAUGAGAAAAUGCCCGCAAAGGGUGAAAUCUCCGAGCAGGAGAGCAACUGUGACAUUGAGAACUCAUGGAGUCAAUCGAUGUACGGCGACUUGUCACAGCGAUACUUUAGGAACCAGUUUGCGGAUGGCUACAAUCAGCAGCUGGCCGAUUGGCGCCAAGAUUACUAUCCGGCGCAGGAUCUCAGUGGCCAGCAGCAGCCGGAGCGUGAGCAAAAGCGUUUUGAUUUCAACGCUGUUGCUGCGGAGUAUGCGCAUACGGCGGGUCAGCUGGAUGUCUCGCCGGGCUCGACUAGAAACAAUCAUUUGCUCGAUGCACAGCCCACCACUUCCUCGUCGUCGUCGGCAUUGUUGGCUGGUCCACCAAUAGCCUCGACAUCGCGUGCAGCUGCUGAAGCGGAGGCUGUAGCUGCAGCCCUGGCGCAGCGGAAGCCGCCGCGUCGCAAGAUCUACAAGUGCCCGCACUGUGUGGCCAUCUUCGAGAAGCUGAAGGAGCGCAAUGCGCACAUGAUUGGCGAGCACAACUAUGUGCGCCAGAAUCGGCGCCUCAUCUGCACGCAGGCUUUGGUCAAUAGCACCUUGGUGGGCUCGCAGGAGCAACAGGCGCAGGGACAACAACAGCAGCACCAAUUGCUGCAAGCAGCGGGGCACAGCAAUGCCGACAUUAUGCAUGAGGAUUCCAAGGAUGGCAUUAUUAAGAUUAAGCAGGAGCACUGCCACGAUAAGCAGGAUGCCUCCGAGCAACUGCUGGGCCAUUCCGAGCUGCCGGACGUUAAGGACUCCGGCUUGCUCAAUGGCAGGGAUGAGAAUGGUCGCGAGCCGGAUAUGAAGCCGCCGGCAGGCGUCACAGACCUGGACGAGAAGCCGGCCAUACCGCCGCUGGCGAUGACUACACCAGCGGCCAAACUGGCUGCUCUAUAUCGCAUGCUCAUCGCGUACAACGAGUCCAAGCUGGGCCAGGAGCGCAAUAAUCUCAGCGAACUGGAGCAAAAGGCCAUGGAGAAAUCCAUAUUCCUAUGCUACGUGUGCCGCACCGACUUCCCCUCUGUCAAGCUGUACGAUGCUCAUCUGACUGAGCAUCCGGCCGAGUGUUUCACCUGUGGCAAGAAAUUCUAUCGCUGGAAGAACUUCUCGCUGCAUCUCAAGCGUCACUUGGGCUGGAAGGAGUUUGGCUGCUACAUCUGCGAUAAGAAGUUCGUGGUGCGCAGCGCUCUGGUGGAGCACAUGCGCAUGCACACGGGCCAGACACCGCUCAAGUGUAAGAUAUGCGGUAAAAAGUUUAAGCGGUAUUCGAACCUAACACAACAUCGCAAGCGUCACACCAAGAUCCUGGUGCGCAAGAAGGAGUAUGUGUGCCACUGCGGCGAGGUGUUGCCGUCUAAGGCGCGCUUCCUGUGGCACAAGGAGACGCACGACUUGAAGCCCAAGUGCUGCCCCUAUUGCUGCGAUCGUUUUGUGCACGCCAAUUCGCUGCGCCGGCACAUUCGACUGGCUCAUUCGGAUAAGUUUGACUACGCUGAGCCCAUGGAGUGUCCCAUGUGCAAGCAGAUCUUUGCCAAGACCUCGAUCAAGGCGCAUAUGGCGACGCACUCGACAGAUCCGCAAUACGAUUGCGCCAUUUGCAACAAGAGCUUCUCCACCAAAUGGAAUCUCAAAAUACAUUCGUGGGUGCAUGCGAAUCGCACAGCCAAGCCGUUCAAGUGCGAGUACUGCCCCAAGGCAUUCGUGCGCGAGCUGGACUUCAAGAAUCACAUGAACGCCCACAAGCAGAUCAAGCCGUACACGUGCGAGUACUGCGGCUGCAAGUUCAUACGCAAGUACAACUAUAUGCGGCAUCGGCGGGAGCAUCACGGCAAUAAGAAGUUCACCUGCGACCAGUGCGACAAGUCUUUCCAUCGGCAUUAUUAUCUGAUUGAGCAUCGACGCAUCCACACAGGCGAGCGUCCGUUCCACUGCACCAUCUGUGGCAAAAGCUCGACGACAAAGACCAAUCACAAUAAGCAUCUGAAGAUACAUCAUUCACGGGAUCCAUUCACCGUGGAGGUUUAAAUGAUAUAUACUAACCAACCAACUAAUUGACUACUCUAAACUAAAGUUUAAUUCAUUAAUUA